UACUGGGAUGAUCGCUACGAGAAUGACCAUGCAGAAGGCUAUGACUGGUUCAAGACCUUUUCUGAGAUCUCUUCUGUCUUGACACCUCACCUGACUGCUACCUCCAAGAUACUCGUGCUUGGCUGUGGUACCUCGACGCUCUCUGAAGAACUUUGGCGAAGCGGCUACAAGCAUGUCACUUCUGUAGACUUUUCACCACGUUGUAUAGAGCUCAUGCAGCAACGACAUGCUGAUAAACCCGAAAUGCUCUGGGAUGUAGGCGACGUGCGAUCGCUGGAGGCAUAUCCUGAUGCCUUCUUUGAUGUGGUCAUUGACAAGGGCGUCAUGGAUGCCAUGCUGGAUGGUUGUUCCCUGUGGGAUCCACCAGAGGAUGUCAAGGCUAACUGCUUUCAAGAGAUUGAAGCCUCUGCCCGAGUACUGCGACAAGGUGGCAAGUUCAUCAUGAUCUCAUUCAGGCCAGGCCAUCUA